AUGGCGGAACCGGUGAGGAGACGCGGUCGGAGGCCCCGAGGCGGCGGGGCCGGCCGCGGGGCUCGGGGAGCCCGGGGCGGUCGGGGCCGGCGUCCCCGAAUCCAGCGGUCUCCAGCCCGGCGCACUCUGGACUCAGUGCUUGUGGACUUGAUCAGCGACAGCGAAGAGGAUAUCGUGGAGGUUGCCGCGGCGCGCGGUGCCGCGGACCCGGUAGCGGUCCCGGUAGCGGUCCCGGUAGCGGUCCCAGUAGCGGUCCCGCCCCCGGAGCCUCCUUUGCGGGCCGCACGCCGGCACGACAGCGACAGUGACAGCGAAGGGUCAGACCCGCGGACCGUGGUCAGGCGGCGGCGGCGGCUGCUGCUGGAUCCGGGGGCGCCGGUGGUUCCAGUGUACUCGGGGAAGGUACAAAGCAGCCUCAACCUUAUCCCAGAUGACACACCCCUCUUGAAACUCUACCCAGAAGGUGCGGAAGAAGAGGCAGAAAUGGCAGAGUCUAGCAGUCUUCACCCCGAGGAUCCCCCAUUACCAGGCUCUCCCUGGAAGAAGAAGCUGAGGAGUAAGGAUGAGAAUGAAGAGAAGAAAAAGGAGGUGUUUCUGAUUCAGGACACCUCUCCUUCACCCCCACCUCCACCAAGGACUAAAAGCAGAAAGCAUACUCGGGCACUCCAGAAGUUAAGGGAGGUGAACAAACGCCUCCGGGACCUCCGAUCCUGUCUGAGCCCCAAGCAGCGCCAGGGUCAAGACCACCAGAACCAAGAUGAUGAGGUGGUCCUGCUUGAGGGGCCCGUCCUGCCAGAGAGCCCUAGGCUCUUCCCGCUCAAAAUCCGGUGCCGGGCUGACCUGGUCAGAUUGCCUAUCAGAAUGUCGGAGCCCCUUCAGAGUGUUGUGGACCACAUGGCUGCCCGUCUCAGGGUGUCCCCAAGCAGGAUCCUCUUGCUCUUUGGAGAGACAGAGCUAUCUCCUACAGCCACUCCCAGAACCCUAAAGCUUGGAGUGGCUGACAUCAUUGACUGUGUGGUGCUAAGAAGUUCUUCAGAGGCUACAGAGACAUCCCAACAGCUCCAGCUCUGGGUGCAAGGGAAGGAGAAACACCAGAAGCUAGAGAUCUCUCUGUCUCGAGAUUCUCCUCUCAAGACCCUCAUGUCGCACUAUGAGGAGGCUAUGGGACUCUCUGGACACAAGCUUUCCUUCUUCUUUGAUGGGACAAAGCUUUCAGGCAAGGAGCUGCCAGCUGAUCUGGGCAUGGAAUCUGGGGACCUCAUCGAGGUCUGGGGCUGAAGCUCUACUCCAUGUUUGGAAGACUUGGGAAGAAUGUCUCCUGUUUUUUUGCCCCGCAAGGGCUAACAGAAACUAAACAACAGAAACAAAAUCAAACAGUGAUCUUUUGGCCCUAUCUCCUAUUGACUCUGGUCUCAAGCUGUUAACUGGUAGUUGUGUGGUGAUUGUUGCUGCCCUGGGUGGCCUGUGGGUCCAUGCACAUGUGCUGAGUUUUUGGAGCCCCUGGGACAAGAGAAAGAAUCUUCUUACCUCUACCCUUUGACUUCCAUCGUUGAUCACCCUUUGCUUCCUUGAAAUGUCUGUUCUGAGAAACUCUGCCCAUAUUUAAAGAGUUAUUGGGAAUACAUGAGGGUUGGGAAUGGGCUUUGAGGCCUGGGAUUUAUGCCACACCAAACACCAGUAGUGGCCUUGAGGCUGGGAGUUCAGUUUGCUUGAGGUGCAUGUACUGGCAGGACUCCUUGGUAUGUAGGAAAUAAACGAGCACACGCACAUGGGCUGUAACUUAAGCAUAGGCCAUCGAGCCGGAUAACAGUAGUGGAGGGUCAGCCCUGCUGUCUCCCCUUAAGACUCUUCAUAGCCAUCCUCUGGUACACAUUUCUGCUGUAUACAUUUAAGCCACACCUGCACAUUCAGUUGUUUUUUUUUUGCUUUUGUUUUUGGCUCUUGAGAAUAUAGUCCCAGGCAAGGACUUUAAGGUUUUACGGGUUUUUCUCCUUUCUUCAUACCAUCCCCUCCUGUCAGCACCCCAACUAAUCUUUGUUGCACAUCUUUGAUUAUGAAUGUCCUUACAGUGUUUUAUGAGUGAAUAUGCUUUUGCUUUGUGUCUGUGGUAUUGCGUGAUCGAUCUUACUGUUCUCACUGAGUGUGUGUGAAGAUCCAGCCCUGCCUGUUGCUCCUUCUAGGUCUCUGGUUCCUCUUACCUGCCGCGUGGUGCUCCACAGUGGCAUCAGGUGGAUUUUACUCACACGUUGCCUUAAGGGGGAUACCUGAGUGCUUCAAGCUCCUCAGCACCUUUUUCUGUGUUCCCUCUGGGCCUGUGUAGACAGUGCUCUAGCAUCCUUACCCAAGAAGGGAUUAUGGGUCAUACAGUGAAUUUUUCUGGCUUUCCAGAUUUUCUUUGGAGUGCAGAUUGACCUCCCACUUGGGGCUUUCCUUUUUUAUCCUCAGCAGCACUUGCUAUUGCCCAGCUUUCCAGUUUUGCCAGUUUGAUAAGUAAAAAGUGCCACCAUGCUUUAAUGUACAUUCAUCUGGUCACCAUUAAUUUGGUGAAUUCUUUCACAUACCUGUGCACCUUUCUGGUUUCUCUUUGAGCUGAUCAUUUUUUCAUGGAACUUCUUUUUUUGUGUGUUUCUUCAUUCUGAAGAGUUGCUGAUAAGACCCCAGACCUUCGCAAAUAACUCAGAAUAGCACUUUGUGAGCUAGGGGAUCCUGUCCUGAACAGUCUUCAUUUUAAUGUUUUAAUGGUUUUUUUUUUUUUGACAAGUUAGCUUUUAAUAUAAAGUUUGCAGCUUUUUGAUUUCUUAUUUAAAACUAGUUAAGAUGUUUUUAUUUUCUUGUUGGCUCACUAGUUUUUCCUUUCAUAGUGAGGCCUGAAAAUGGGGUAAAGUCCAAUGAGUGGCCGCUGGUAUGUUGACUGGUGGCUGUUCUGAGUGGCCAAACCCUGGUUCACACUGGUUGAUGCCAGGGUGUACUGGUUGCUAUUGGACUUCACUUUUGUACUAUUUGAAAUGCACCUUUUUUUCGGAGACCAAGUUUUAUUUUUUAAAGCAUAUAAUAAGCAAUUUUCUCAGCUUUGUCUACUAAAAAGGC